AGUAUCUCAGAAGCGUCCUCGAAGCCUGACGCUUGCGUGCGCACUACGCUACGGACGUUGCGUAGCUUGGCUGUCUCCUCGAGGCGCCUACGCCACGUUCAGGCGUAACUCACUUUCGAGAAUGCAAAAUACCUCAGAGGAGGCCUAGGCGGCUUUUUGGAGCCUGAGACUCGCGUGAGCCCUGAAGGCCGGCCAGGUGGAAGGGAAGAGGAGGGUAAAAAUGGCGGCUCAUCGUCCGCGGCGUUGGCGGCCCUGGAGGAGCCGGACAGAGCAAGUGGAAAAGGAGGAAGUGUCCGAACUGGUCGGCCGGCGGUUGGGUGACCAGGGGAAGUUUGCUUAUGCGGCUCUAUGCGCAGUAUCCUCGGCCGCUUUGUUUCCGGAGGAAGAGGAAAGCUCUUACAGGACGGGAGUCAUCGAAAGCCUGGUGCAAUGGCUGGACCUCUCGGAGGCUGUUUUGCCUGCUAUGGUGGCCUUUGCUGGUGGUUUGGGAGCCGAAGGGACAGAGACCUUUGCCCAGAUCCUUUUGAAGGAGCCCCUUGUGAAGGAGAGCCCUGGGGUCAUCACGCAGGACCUUGUCUCCUUUUCCUUGAAGGAUGGUCACUAUGAUGCCCGAACCCGCGUCCUCCUUUCACAUGUCACUUGGCUUUUAAAGAUUCCUUUAGUGGAAAUGGAGGCCUGCGAGGAAUGUCUCCUCGAAUGUCUGAACGAAGAACAGGAGGAGGAAUCGGAAACGGCCGAGGCAUCCAGGAAGAAAAAAGAAAAGAGGAAGAGGCUGAAACGCUACCUUCUGAUUGGCUUGGCAACAGUUGGAGGCGGGACUGUGAUUGGUCUGACGGGCGGCCUGGCUGCCCCUCUAGUAGCGGCCGGGGCGGCCACUGUCAUUGGAAGCGCAGGCGCCGCAGCCUUGGGUUCGGCGGCUGGGAUCGCCGUCAUGGCCUCGCUCUUUGGAGCCGCUGGAGCCGGACUCACCGGGUACAAGAUGAAGAAACGAGUGGGAGCCAUCGAGGAGUUCGAGUUCCUUCCCUUGACGGAAGGCAGGCAGCUCCACAUCUGCAUUGCCAUCACCGGCUGGCUUUCCACCGGAAAAUACGGGAGUUUUACGGCUCCAUGGAGCACCUUGCUGCAGUCCAAAGAGCAGUAUUGCUUAGCCUGGGAAUCCAAGUACCUGAUGGAGCUGGGCAAUGCCCUGGACUCCUUGCUGAACGGCCUGGUCAACAUGGUGGCGCAGGAAGCCCUGAAGUACACGGUUUUGGCCGGGAUCGUCACGGCCCUGACCUGGCCGGCUUCGCUACUCACGGUGGCCAGCGUGAUCGAUAACCCUUGGGGCGUCUGCCUACAUCGUUCCGCUGAAGUCGGGAAACAGUUGGCGCAGAUACUCCUCGGGCGGCACCAGGGCAGGCGGCCAGUGACCUUGAUCGGCUUCAGCCUGGGGGCCAGGGUCAUCUAUUUCUGCCUCCAGGAAAUGGCUAAAGAGGAAGAUUGCAGAGGGAUCGUGGAAGACGUUGUGCUCCUUGGGGCACCAGUGGAAGGAGACGCUAAGCACUGGAAGCCCUUGGCUAGAGUUGUCUCGGGGAGGAUUAUCAAUGGCUUCUGCAGGGGAGACUGGCUCCUGCGCUUUGUGUACCGGACGUCCUCUGUCAAGCUCAACGUGGCCGGGCUCCAGCCAGUCGACCUCAAUGACCGGCGGAUGAUGAACGUGGACCUCUCCUCCGUAGUGAGUGGCCACCUGGACUACAUGAAGCAGAUGGACACCAUCCUGAAGGCCGUGGGCAUCAGGACUAAGGAAGAGAGGGCCAAUCCGGCCGGCUUCAAGGCUAAAUGUGACAGUCCAACCUUAUGCAACGACCCACACAAAGGAGGUGGUGGUACCAUUGUCAAUACUGGGCCCAAUGCAAAGGAAGAGGAGGAGGAGGAGGAGGAGGAGGAGGAGGACUGCUGGUCCUGGGAGCCGGUCUCUCGAAAUGGAUUGGGCCCCAAAAAACUCUCACGGGGUUCAGAUGCCAGGCGUAACGGCGAGGGACCACAAAACCCUACAGUACCUGAGGCAUCCCUUACCGGACCCCGAAACUCGACAAAGGACCCUCAAGCCUCACAAGAGGAGAUAGAUCCCAAAAGCCUACAGUCCUAGAGGGACCCCAAACCUUGCAGAUGGAAAGGCCUCCCUUCCAGACUUAGCGGCACCUCAAAACUCUACAGAGGGGCCACAAAACCAUAGAGAAGGGCCCCAAAACUUUCCGGGUGGAAAGGCGUUUCUUAUGGGCCUAGAGGGACCCCAAAACGUUACAGAGGGGCCCCAAAGCUCUACAGAGGGCCCCCAAAACCGUACUGAAGGGCCCCAAAACCUUGCAGGUGGAAAGGCCUCCCUUCCGGGCUUAGAGAGACCCCAAAACCAUACAGAGAUGCCCCAAAACUCUACAGAGGGUUCCCAAAACCUUGCAGGUGGAAAGGCCUCCUCUAAGGGCCUAGAGUGACUUCAAAACUCUACAGAGAAGGGCCCCAAAACCAUAGAGAAGGGCCCCGAAACCUUGCAGGUACUAAGGCAUCUCUUAUGGACCUGGAGGGACCCCAAAAGUCUACAGAGGGGCCCCAAAUCUCUACAGGGAGUCCCCAAAACAGUACCGAGGGGGGCAAAACCUUGCAGGUAGAAAGGCGUCCUUUCCAGGUUUAGAGAGGCCCCAAAACCAUACAGAGGGGUCCCAAAACCUUGCAGGCACAAAGGCCUCCCUUAUGGGCCUAGAGGGACCCCAAAACUCUACAGAGGGGCUCCAAACCUCUACAGUCCUAUAGGAACUGGGCGGAAAGGCAGGGAGGAACCCCAAAACUCCACAGUUCUAUAGGAGCUCCAGAGCCCUACAGCCCUAGAGGGACCCCAGAACCUUGCAGGUGGAAAGACUUCCCUUACGUGCCUAGAAGGACCCCAAAACUUGCACGGUCUGCAACCUUAGAGGGAUCUCACAACCUAUAGUCCUUGGGGGACUAAUAGUACCCCAAAAUCUGACAGUCCUAGAGGUGACCACAGGGGUCUGCAGGUCAGAAGGGCCCUAGAGGUCUAGAUGGACCCCCAAACCUCACAGUCCCUUCUCCAUCGGCGCAUCACAUUCCCCAGGUGCUGCUCCUUUGGCCAGCUUUUAAAGAGCAGCAUGAUGGGGGUUGUAGUCCUUUCCCUGCACCUUCCAUUACGUCUUGCCAUUGGGAGCAUGAGAUCGGUGUAUUAUUACUCUUGAAAAUGGAGGCUCCAUUCAUCUCAUGCGUCUCGGUGGUUGUGACGAUGAUGUCCUCUUCUCAGCCUGGGGUUGGACUACAGCCCCCAUCAUCCCCGAGAAAGCAGCGCCGCCAAAGGACUACCAAAGAGAAACAUUCCUCGGCAUGUUCUACAAUCAGGUUAGAAGGGCCCAGACUUAAGACUGUGAUGUCCCUUCGCUCACGAAUGACGUCAUAGGCUCUCAGUUCAACGGGACUCUCGAGCCAUAUUAAAAUAAAACCAAUGCUCACUUCCAUUUAAUGAAAA